AUGAUGUGGCCUCAAUUCAAUUUGCAAGGUAAUUAUAAAUGGAUAAAUCUUUUACCAACUCUUAUAUCACAGUACAAUAAUAAAAAACAUCGUACUAUUGGUAUGAAACCUAAAGAUGUCACCGUAGAAGAUACAAGAGAGCUUCUUAGACGAAUCCGUAAACUGAGAAGAAUUCCUUUACGAAGACCAAAAUUCAAAGUUGGAGAUAGAGUUCGAGUCAGCAAAAAUAAAAGUAUUUUUGAAAAAGGAUAUACUCCGAACUGGUCAACGGAAAUAUUCACUGUGAAUCAACUUAAACGUACAAAACCAGUAACAUACAAACUUACGGAUUACCAAAAUCAAUCUAUCGAAGGUGGUUUCUAUGAGGAAGAACUUUUAAAAGUCAAAUAUUCAGAUGUUUACCUUGUAGAAAAAGUUCUCAAGACUCGUGGUAAUAAAGUCUAUGUGAAAUGGCUUGGAUUCGAUAACUCUCACAAUACUUGGAUAAAAAAAUCUGACAUGUAA